UGCCAAUCGAGCUUAAAGUUUCUCUUGGUCACGGUGAUACAGUGCCAUCACACAAUAUGACUGAAGCAGAUGUCCCGAAGGGGCUUUCGGCCAAGCUUGACAAGAAGCGCAAGCGCCAGGCCGAGGAAUCGACCAAGCAAGACAAGCCCGAAGCUGCGCCUGCAGUAGCUUCGGCCGCCGGAGGAGAUGAAUCGAACAAGAAGAAGUGCAAGAAGAACAAGAAUAAGAAGCAGCCUGAACAGGAUGCGACAACGCAAGAACGCAAGGGUGGUGUUGACGAGUCUAUCGGCAAGAUGGAUGGGCGGUUGUUGGCCGAUUACUUUGCUCAGCGGGCGCAAAAGCUCGAUAAAGAGCUUUCAGCGGUGGAACUAGGUGAUAUUUCAGUGCCAGAUUCUGCUUUCCUCGACACUACAUCAUUUUCCGACUCCAGGACUUUGGACAAGCUCCCCGAUUUCCUCAAGGCAUUCAGCCCGAAGGGUGCCGACCUUUCAAAGGCAUCAGAGAAGAAGGGUACACCUCAUACACUGGUUGUUUCUGCUGCUGCGCUCAGAGCCGCGGACGUUGUUAGGGCGCUUCGAGGAUUCCAGACGAAGGAAGCAAUUGUCGGAAAAUUGUUUGCCAAACAUAUCAAGUUGGAGGAAGCGAAGCAGUUCCUUGAACGUGCACGGACUGGAAUUGGCGCUGGGACACCGACCAGGAUAUCUGAUUUGAUCGAGUGUGGUUCGCUUAAGGUGGACGAGAUAGAGCGCAUUGUCAUUGAUGGAUCACACAUCGACCAGAAGCAGCGCGGUAUCUUCGACAUGAAGGAGACCCAUUUCCCACUGUUGAAACUAUUGACUCGACCGGAGCUGCGCGAUCGUUACGGCGCUUCAAAGAAGAAGGUGCAGAUCCUGGUGUUCUGAUUUCCUUUGCAUGAUUUUUCUUCAACAAAACAUUCCAUAGGGUGGGGCGUUCGCUUGAUUUUGGUAUUGAAUGACAAUGUAUUUCAAUUUCAUCAGCCGAGUUUUCAUCACUCAAGUCUUGAGCGUAGAGACUCAGUGCCACCUCGACUAGCGAAGUAAGGCGGUAACCAGUGGGG